AAUCUACUUUGCAGGCCUACUAAAUGGCAUGUCACCACUGUGCAGUAGGGGAACGGGUUGGGUUGGGGGGUUUCGCUCUCUCUGCAUUCCGUUGCUCAUAUCCCUACCACCCCCGGUCCCGUUUAAGUCUUGUAGCUCCACCUCCGAGGAACUGCCCUCGCCAGAGCAGUAGGCUACCACCGAUUAGCUGGACGCCCCCCUCUCAAGGAAACACUGGCCAGAAGAGAGGCUCUGCCGCCGUUCUGCUCAUUGUUUAUUAGUCUGGUUUGGGUGAACUGCUGCCGCCAUGGCCGACGAAGGCAUGGAUGAACGGUCCCCGCUGCUAUCAGCACCGAACUCCGGGAAUGUCACACCGUCGGGACCGCCGUCGUACCUGCAGGACACGAGCCCAAGAGCUGAACUACCUCCCCCCUACACAGCCAUCACCAGGGGGGUACCCAUCGCCAGUCCCGACCCAGGGGGGGUACCCGUCAUCAACUGCCGUGUGUGCCAGUCUCUCAUUAACCUGGAUGGCAAGCUGCAGCAGCACGUGGUGAAGUGUACUGUGUGCAACGAGGCCACGCCUAUCAAAAACCCACCGACUGGGAAGAAGUAUGUACGGUGUCCCUGCAACUGUCUUCUCAUCUGCAAAGACUCAUCUAGGAGGAUAGGAUGUCCCAGACCCAAC